CAGCGAAGGAAUUCACUUGGAGGGGAAAAAAGAAAAAGAAAAGCAACCAGGAAGUUGAGGAGCAGUCAUUCGGUUCAGAAAAAAAAGCAUCAAAUCCUCGUUAUCGAGGUGUUUAGAAAGUUUUAAAUAACGGUGUCCACUUAAAGGAAAACUGACUGAUUUGUGUGGUCUCGAGGUGAAUCGUUUCCAGAAAGAUGGACACUGAUCCGGAGAAAGGGGGAGCACUGUCGGGGGAGCCACAGGACAAAGUGCAGGCUUUAAAAGCCCAGGUAGAUGGAGUCAAAGAUGUCAUGACACAGAAUGUAGACAGAAUCCUGGCCCGAGGAGAGAGGCUGGAUGACCUCAUGGGCAAAUCUGAAGACCUGCAAGCAGGGGCUCAGAACUUCAAGCAGACAUCCCACAAAGUGGCUCGCUCCUAUUGGUGGAAGAACGUCAAGCUGAUUGUGGUCAUUGUUGUGAUCGUCCUCAUCAUCAUCCUGAUCAUCAUUUUGCUGGCCACCGGCGUCAUCCCUGUCAAUGGGUCCAUGCCACCUAUGCAACCUGCCACCAUCAAACCCUAAACACACACUUUCCAGUUGCACAAUACACCAAGUAUAGAAUCUUUUCAACUACGGCUGCCUGGUGAAGCCUUUAUUACUUCUACGUUAAUUUAUUCUACUGACUUACUUUCUUAUGUUGGAAUUCAUGGAUUUUGUAACUUGUUUUAAAGAAAUUUGCUAGUUUAUGUGACCCUUAUGGGUCUAGCUGCCAUCUGUACAACUCAGUCCUUCCAUAACUAAACUUAAUCUUUGAACCAAACAUCUGAAGGUUUGAGGUCUUCACCCAACAGCAGCAAGAACUCACAUUGUUUUCAGUCGUCCCGUGACCUUUUACAGACCUGACAACUGCAACACAUUUUGCUCAUCUGUAUGCAUUUGAUGUUUCGACUACACUAUUAAACAGAAGCUCCAAAAAUGUUUUGGGUUGGAGCGUGGCGGUAGUGGUAAGGGCUACGCUGUUUCCAGGUGAGCAGCAUGUGUAAAGCUGCUACAGAUUUGCUUUUUCUCAGAUGUUCUUCACAAAAAAUACCAUUUAAACAUCAUUGUAGUAGCAGAGAGAGCUCAGUGAACUUCAUUGUGACGGGGUGAUCCAGCACAUGGGUACCUGAGUGUUGGAUCUCAGUGUGCUGGAGAAGGGCACGCCCACGCUUCACAUGGCUGAUGGGUAGCUAUUUUCAAGAGGUGGGGGUGGAUGUGUUAUUUUCUUGGGUCGUUGCCAUCCAGGACUCAAGCCUGUUCCAUUCUGUCUUGGAUGCAGCAAAGCAUGAAACCAGAGUGCAUGCUGCUAGACUUGACGUGUGAAGUGGGGGGGGGGGGGGGCUCUGUCUAGUGUUCUUGGGUUUAACUGGUUUCUUUCCUGAAGGCAGGUGAUAAUGUAGGAGUGUUUUGGGUUCAACCCACAUUUGGUGCAGCGUGUUGAAGCGUGGCGACUAGAUUGUGGAGCAGGUCUGCUGAAGUGGAGAUGUAUGAGGGUGGAAUCUACGAGUAAAUGGACGUCUUGAUGUUUUCUAGUCAGUUAGUGGUGAACCUUGUGUAGUUUUAGGUGUACUAAAAUGAAAGGAACAGAAUUUUGCAAUAGAAGAGAGUGCAAAAAUUACAUUGAAUGUAACAUCAUUAUAUGAGGGUGUUUCUUCCCUCAGGGUGGGAGGACACUCCCUCCCACACCUGCUAUCGUUUGUCAUGCUGUGUAAAUGUUCAUUUCUAGAUAAAAAAAAAAUUUCUGUCAUUGGCAGGUCUGCGGCAAGCCUUCCUUUAAAACUGUUUUCUUGCCAGCAGUAAGCUUUUAUUUGAAAAGGGUAAAUGGGGGAACCACAUGUCCAUAUAGUGUUUUAGUUUUCUGGUGGGAAAAGUGCUGAGAAAGCUCCCACAAAUUCAUCAUCUCAGAGGUUUCAGAGUUUUCAGUGGGGGGAUGCCUGUGUGUGGGAUUUGUUUAUAUGACAACAAUAAAUGGUGAACUACCUUUAUAAUGUAUGGUGAUUAAAAAGUACUCACCCUCAGCAAAAACCAGGCAUUUGCCCAAUCUGCUACCACAGAUGAGUUUUUUGUUGUUGUUGUUGUUGUUGUCUGGUAGACGUUUGCGUGAUAAGUCAAUAAAAAUAAACAUCUCAUUCCCUAAAAAGACAUUGCACCCACAUCAUAGCAUUUUUCUAAGAAGUUCUACGAUUUUUUUUUUUUCUUUUUUCCACUUUAAAACUGGUGGUUUUCAGCUCUGGGGAACAAAAUAAAACCACUGGGAGCAGCAUUUUUCCUGGAGGCAACUGCAUGCAGCCACACAGACUCUUUUCUCAUUUAGAGCAAAUCGAAAAUGAUGCACGCAUCCAGAGGGGUGGGGGGGUAAAACUAUAUGGGCAUGUGUCCUUACUGUAUACAGGUGUGUAUUAGACGCCUUUAUGAGCAAUAGUGAUCGUCAUCUCUUUCCACUUCUUUAAAAAGUAAUUCAAAAUGUAGUGUAUAAAUGCGACAGUUGGCUACUUUUCUGACAUUACACAAACAAAAACUGACAUUGUUACCACAUUAAUGCUUUUGUGUCUUUAACGAAAAGCUAAACUCUUAACCAGUUGAAACAUUCUUGUGUUAAUGAAGAAAUCUGUAUAGCAUAUAACUGGGGUGUUUAUGCUAUAAUUGCUGUACUUAUCAUUCAUUCAUUCUUUCAUUUUCCUCCACUUGUCUGGGCAACAGGUUAAACAGCUCAUCCCUCGCUUCCCUAUUCUCAGCCAAGCUGAACUGCUGGCAUUCAUUUGGUGUUUAAAGUCUUUGUUGCGCAAUUGGGCACAAUAACAAAAUGUCAACCAGCUGAUAAUUGCACCAACUUUGUAGCUGUUCUAGAAAUGGAGAAGACUUCGCCGAAUUAUAUAUUUGUACAUUUGUGCUGCGAGCUGUGCUUUUUAAUGGAUCUUUUUCAUUGUUUUCAUCAGCAUGUGUUUGUUUUAUCGGGGUUAGUUUGUAGAAUAAGUGCAGUACUUUGAGUUCCAGCGUUAUGAGGGCGCAGUCAGGAAAUGAGCUGCAGACUUUGAACCUUUGGUACUUUAAUUAUAUAAACAGACCACCUGGGUCAAGUGUUAAAGGUCAGGUCUCAAGAAUACGCUGCUCCCACGCUCCAAGGUCAGACCUCACCAUCCAACCAGCUGAGAGAGGUCAUCUACAGCCUGUCAAUAGCGCCUCCUACUGGCUACAUGUCAUACAAAGUAAAUGCCAAUCUGAAAAAUUGAAUUGUGAACUAAUUCUGAACACACACACAUCAUCAGCCUCCCUCUGUUGUUACACAACCUGUUCUGUUCUCCAGAGGUCAAAGUAGUUUUCAUUAUAAAAUGUACAUAGUUAAAUUCUUAUCACUUGUUUAUAUGCACAGCAGAACUUUACCACAUCAAACUGUCUUUAAUGUAGAGGUGGUUUAUUGUAAAGCUUUUAAUGUUUUUCUAUUUGAUGCAGCAACGACAGUCAGUGAUUUUUGUGUAAACUGAUGAUUCCCACUGAGUCAUGAGAAAACUUCUUUAAGGUGCCUUCAUUCUUUUUGCUUUAUAUUUUCCUGAAGGUCAAAAGAGAAAGCAGUGCCUUAAAAACCAAACUGCUCGUUAUUAGUGUACGUCUUCAAACUCAUUCUGUUUAUGCAAAUCUGUCUAUUUUAGACUUUUAUCAUUUGAGAUUCUGCAGCUCUGAUCAACUGAGAUACAUGUAUGUCUAACUUUUUGAUUGGAAGAAUUAAUAAGGGUGUUGUUUUAAUGACUUGAUUUAACAAUUUUAAAGGUCUGAUAUCUAAUAAAUAAUAUUUACUUGC